UGUUCAAAGCAUUGCAUUCAACUCAAAGCCUGAAAUAGAGGAAGAAUCAUUCAAAUUAUAUGAAAGAUAGAAAAAUAAAGGCUUGAAGAUUUAUCCAAGGAAAUGCUCAACUCCAAAAAAGCUUGCAUCAGCAGGAAUAUCUCUAGUCGCCUUGACGGAUUCAGUUUCAGUCAUUUCAAGAAAUCCAAGACCAACUUGUGGUGGUCAUAAACGUUCCUCAGAGAUCUCUCUCCUCAUGGCUCCAAUUACAGUCGGCAAUGUUAUACCAGACGGAAAGAUCUCAUUCUUCGAUGAGAAUGAUCAGCUUCAGACAGUCUCCAUUCACUCUCUCCUUGCCGGUAAAAAAGUAGUUUUCUUUGGUGUCCCUGGUGCUUUCACUCCCCUUUGCAGUAUGAGCCAUGUGCCUGGAUUCAUUGAGAAAGCAGGGGAGUUCAAGUCAAAGGGUAUUGAUGAGAUCAUUUGCUUUAGCGCAAACGAUCCGUAUGUGAUGAAGGCAUGGGGAAAGACAUACACAGAGAACAAGCACGUGAAGUUUGUAGGUGACGGGUCAGGGGAAUACACACACCUUCUAGGACUUGAGCUUGACCUCAAGGACAAGGGUAUGGGGAUUAGGACAAGGAGAUUCGCUAUGUUGCUCGAUAACCUCAAGGUGACUGUAGCCAAUGUUGAAUCUGGUGGUGAGUUCACCAUUUCCAGCGCCGAAGAUAUCCUCAAGGCUCUCUAGAUGGCUCUCUAGAUAACUUUAUCUUUUGCUUAUUGUAUUGUGUUAUGUAAACCGCUCUAUGUGAAGUUGAGGAUUAUAUAGCCUCAUUCAUGCAUAUAAUAAAGCAGCGUGUGACUUGCUUGAUAUAAUAAAAUAAAGUAUUGGUUUUGAUAUUA